AUGAAUGACAAACUGUACCACUGGGCGGAGAUGCGGGCCAAGAUGCGCCUCAUGGGCUUCAGUGCGCACGCCGUCAAGCCGCUGAACGAGGACGCGGCCGCCGAGCUGGGCGCGGAGCUGCUGGGCGAGGCCACCAUCUUCGUCGUGGCCUGCGGCUGCCUGGUGCUGGAGUACUGGCGCCACCAGGCGCAGCGCCGGCGCGAGGAGAGAGAGUGGCGCGCCGCCUGGGACGCGAUGCGGGACGAGGUGGACCACCUGGCGCUGGCGCUGGAGGCCCUGCAGGAUCGGGUGCAGGCGGCGCCGCUGCAGAGCGCGGUGGUGGAGCUGCAGGCGCAGAUGCGGGAGGUGCGCGCCCAGCUCUGCGUCCGGGACCCGCCGUCCGCACCCCAAGCAACGCCCAAGGAAUAG